UUAAAUCGUUUGGCCAUGUCUGCAGAGCGCUUUGUUGAAUUCCGAACUUUUACUCCAGAUGCUUUCUUUCCCUUUCGAAAGUUUAUUCAAUCUCCACUUGAAAAUGAGAAUUGUCGUCAGAUGUGUGAGAACAAUUAUAAAUUAUUGUAUAUGAUUGCAGCACUUUUAUCUCGAGGAGCAAUUGUUAAGGACUAUUUAAUGGUAACUGAAGCAUCACGGGAUGAAUUUGUACAGCGGUGUUCAAAAGAUUUUAAAAGGGAUAAAGCUCUAUCGUUGGAAGUUAUUGAGCAAGUACUGGCUGAAAUUGAUAAACGUUUAGAUUGCAUCCAUCCAAUGCAAAUCUACAAAUGGAUUUACCACCGUUUAAGUCGUAAUGUUGAUGCAAUGAAACAAAUCCAUGAGGAUAUGAUGCGAGAGGGAUAUGUACGCGUUAGAAAAGUAUUAAUUACUCCAACACGAAUGCUUUUUGUUGCACCUGAAUUGUUAAUGGGAAAUCGUGUGUUGCGAUUGGAUGCUGAAAAAUAUCCUCUUGAUAAAUUUCUUCGUGUUGUUUUUCGUGAUGAUGAUGGACAAUCUGUCCAUGCUGUGAACAUUGGUGCCGUUCUUAUUGAUCGUUUUAUUGGAUUACGCCUUAGAAAUGGCAUUGAAAUUGCUUGCCGUAAAUUUAACUACUUUGGUUCUUCUAAUUCUCAAAUGCGUGAUAAUGGUUGUUAUUUCAUUAAUGCAAGUUUUGAAGAAAUCGAGGAUAUCCGUAAGCAGUUGGGCUCGUUCAAAAUACAAUCAGCGCCUAAAAUGAUGUCUCGGAUUGCUCAAUGUUUUACUCAAGCUCGGGAAACGGGCUUAGAAUUGGAACGUCGUCAUUAUGCGACAAUUCAUGACUAUCUUGGCGGCAAAGAUACAAAUUCUGAGCCAUAUAAUUUCUCUGAUGGGGUGGGGCGAAUCAGUUACGAAACUGCUAAGGAAUUGAGUCGUGAGCUUAAAUUGGAUGGUUGCGUGCCUUCUUGCUUUCAAAUACGCGUUUUGUCUGUUGAUAAAUCUAUGGAUGAACUUCGUGAAUGGGGAGUUCGCAAUGGUGUGCAAGAUACUACAAACUGGGAAAAGCGUGAUUGUUGGCUCGAUUUACAUAUUCAAUUUCGGCCUUCGCAAAAGAAAUUUAAAGCACCCAGAGCUAAUCAAAAGUUGGAAAUUGUUAAAUAUUCUUCACCUGUUUCAUUGUGUUUGAAUCGUCCUGUUAACAAUAUUCUUGAUCAAAGUAAAGCUUCUCAUCAACGAAUUUGUAAUCGCAUUCACCAUCUUAUGGAUUUACAUCUUCAUAUGCUGACACGCUCCUUAAUUGACGAGACGAAAGCUCGAAAUCGACUUGGUGAAUUUCCUAAAGUGAUACUUUAUGAUCAAAUAACUGACCUUAAUUUAACAAAAGAACCGUUCUUUCGUUCGAUGAUAAGUGCUUCUGUGCGAGCUUCAUUGAAAAAGUUGCGCCUAAAACUUCAAAUUCCCAUUCCUACAACGCUGGGCCGUGCGAUGUUUGGUAUUGUAGAUGAAAGUGGACAGUUACAAUAUGGACAAGUAUUUAUUCGUUACACAAAAAAUGCUGCAUUGAAAUUGCCAAUGCCAACAGCCGAGCGUCAAGUUCUAAAGGGUAAACUUCAAUAUAAUUAUACGGUUCUCUUGUGUUAUUUCACUCCCCAGCCCAAUUUUUGUUUUUUCCGACUUGAUCGGCUGUAA